GUUUCACUGGUUGAACUUCAAAAAAGUUUUAACAAGAUAUUUCAGCUAGCUCAAAGUUCAAACAAAUUCUCAGGCUCAGCUUUCAAAAGGGUUGCAGAGUUUGAAUUCAGAAACACAAAGCCAUUAUGCUAGUUUUGUAGUUCUCGGAUCAAAUCAAAGUCGAGUUUUUUCAUGCAUAUGAAUGGCAACCCAAGCUGAUAUUCCAGAAGUCAUAUUGCAUAAGAAACUAGAAGUGGAAGACACAAGCUUAACAACUGGACAGUUUGAGAAGACUGUCAAUGAAUGUUUCCUCGUGGAAGUGAAGAAAUAUGAAAGUCAGCUAAUCGAAUGUCCAGAAACUCAAGAAUGCCAGGCAGAAUCAGAGAAUAAGCAAGUAGAAUGUAGCACUCAGGUUGAAAUCACGAACAAUCCCGUCAAUGGCAACUCUGGGACCUUAGAGGGUGGAAGUUUUUUGGCAUCACCCUCAGGUCCCACUAUUUCCAGUAAAGAGGCCGGUGGACAAGUUGACGAACUCAGUUCGUCAGAAAUAGAGACAAAGCAUCUUGAGCAAGGCCAAAAGUUUGAGGUUGCAGAGGGAACAGCAAGAGAAGAUGAAGUAAUUGAAGAGAAAACGCAAAAAGCGGAUCAGGUUGACGAAAAACUUGGUCAAAAUGUGGAAGCGAUCUUGAAUCAGCAGGAUUCAGUUGAUAAAGGUUCAGGAAGUACUGAAAAGGAGAUAAAAGACUCGGAGAAAGAUGAGAGAGAAGGAGAAAAGGAAGACGGCCAUGCUGAGUUAUCAAGUAAAGAAAAUCCCCGCAUACCAGAGGUUACCUUGGAUCAUAAGGAUGUUCAAUCUGUUGUAGAGACUUGUCCCGAAGAGGAAAAUGUGGACAAUGCCUUGAGUACAGAAGCCGCACUCCUUAAAAAGGAAUGUACAGAAGAAAGAAGCUUCGAAGAAAUUAAGGAAGAAGACCAAUGCGUUGGCUUGGAUGAUGAUGUCGGAGAUAACUGCUUCUCAACCAAAGCUUUAAGUCGCGAAGAAAGUCAGAAUAAUGAAACUGGCGAAUCUGUGAAGGAUGAGGUUGAAAGGGCAACUGUGACGGAUGAACUGGGUGAUCAAGAAGCUGGAAUUGCAGAAAAGGAGAGACAUGAAGAGGUCCUUGGUCCUGCAUACAGCCAAGAUGCUGAUGAAUUGAACAGGCAAGAGAAAGAUGAAGCUUCAAUCGAAAAUGAACUGCAAGAUAAGGACAGUUCAGCUACACUCAUUGUUGCAAAGUCUGAAGAGGUGCCCUCACAAGAAAAAGACAAUCCAGAGAUACUAAAAGGAAGCUCCGAAAUCGGGUCGGAGAACAUUGCCAAAGAGAGCCUGAUAGAGGUUACAAAACAAACUGAAAUCUUCGAGGAAAAUGCUCAAGUGAAAGGCGCAGCAAGUGGAGAUACCAAUAGUAAUGAAAAUUAUGAACAAGAGCCUGAAAUUUCAUCCAGGAAACCCGAUGAAGAGAUUCGUGGAAAAGAUGAGGGGCAGGAUGUAACUGAGGCAGCAGUAGACGAGGCAAAAAAGACUGAAGGAUCCAGUCUUGUGGCUGCUGAAGACAUAACUACUGACAAACUUAUCCAAGAAGAAGAACUUACAGAAGCAGAAUCUACAAAGCAUGAGAAUCACCCUGAUGAUAAUUUGUUGCCGCAAAAAGAAACAGAAGAGGAGAAGUUUGAAGAGCACUUCAAUGUCGUCUCUGAGGAAAUUAAGAGUGUAGCCUUAAGGGAAGAUGCUACAACAGUCACCCCUAUCAAUGAAGAGGGAGAAAACAAAAGCCUUGAAGAAAGCUUCAAGGAAAGCAACGAGAUUACGAAUCUCCCAUUAACUGAUGAGAAGGCUGAGAGUACAGAAGGUGAAGUUCAAGAUAAUGAUGCCAACAACUCAAGUGACACUCACUUAUUGGUUGAGCAAGCGGAAGUAACAGACGAAAAGAUUGAUGAAGUUUCAGAACUGGAAUCUCAUGAAAAAGAUCAAACAUCAGAUGAAGCAUCGGUAAGAGAGGAAACGCAUGGUGAAGCUGAAUCUGAAGGAUACCAAAUCACAGAGAAAGCAUUUGUCCUCUCAACUGAAGAAGUAGCACCAACAGAAAUAAUCGUGAAGGCAUGCGAAAACACUGGGGAAACCGAGCAGGAUUGUGGAGUGAGCUCUAAAGAAAGCUUAGUGGCCCAGGAUGCUGGAGGGAACGAAUUAGAAAAGAUAAAAAAGGAGGCGGAAGUUACUGACUUGGACGUGCAGAAAUUUACAUCAACUCAAGAAUCUGAAGAAAGUUCGGCGUUAGAUGAUAUCCCCGCUAAAGUUGACAAUACUGUUGGCAAAAUAACCGAGGAAGCUUCAAAGCCAACAGGUGAAGACGAGAGUCAUAAACAAGAAGGCACAGCAGCAGAUUUCAACAAAGGACAAAUCAGUGAAAGAGAUGUUGCAAUUUCUACAUCCGAAUCAAUACAAGAAGAAACAAGUAAGAGUUCUGAAGACAAUGUAAAGGAUGCAGAAAAGUUAAAUGAAGAAGAAAGCCCUGCAGAGAUCAUAAAGGAAGGCAACAUAAAUGACCUCUCAUUGGAGAACAUUCAAGAAUAUGUAACAGAAACGUUAAAACAUCCUGAACGUGAAGCGGAAAAGUCCAAAGAGGUCCUUGAAGAGUUAGAAACAGUGGGAGCAAGUGAGACAAAUAAGGAUAUUGAAAGGACUUUUGAUGGUUCAUCAGUGAAGCAAGAAGAGGGUCAACACGAAGAAGGCAAAUACCUAGAUCGAGCUGAAGCUUCAAUAGAGGAGAGUAAAGUUGUAAUUGCAGAGGAAGAAGCCUUGGAGUCAAAAGGUGAAGAUGAGGAUCGUACACAAGAAAGCACCGAAGGAAAUGCCGAUGAAGAACAAAUCAUUGAAAGAGAUGUUACAUUUUCUACACCGGAACUAGUUCAAGAAGAAAAAAGUAGCUCUCAAGACAACAUAAAGGAUUCAGAGAACUUUUAUGAAGAUGAAAGCACUGUAGAGAGCAUAAAGGAAGGCGACUUAGAUGACCUCACACCAGAGAAUACCCAAAAAGAUGCAACCAAAACAUUAGAAGAUCGUGAGAAUGAAGCAGAAAACUUCAAAGAAGAGAUUGUUGAAGAGUUAGCAUCAGGCAGAGCAUGUGAGAGCAUUCGAUGUGAGACGAAUAAAGAUGUCAAAAGCUUUGUUGAUGCUUCAUCAGUGAAUCAAGAAGAAAUUAAGGACCAAGACCAAGAAGACCCAAUCAAAUCUUUAACAGAGGAGAAUAAAGUUGAAAUUUCCGAGGAAGAAGCCUUGAGGUCAAAACGUGAAGAUGAGAGUCAUAGACAAGAAGCAGAAUCCGACAAAGAACAAAUCAUUGAAGGAGAUGUUACAUUUUCUGCGGCUGAAUCAGUUCAAGAAGAAACAAUUUCCUCUCAUCAUAACGUAAAUGAUGCAGUUGAAAGCAUUGUGGAUAGCAUACCAGAGAAUAACCAAGAAGAUGAAACUAAAAAAUUAAACGAUCAUGAAAAUGAAGAAAGUUUCAAAGAAGAGGUUGUUCAAGAAACAGAAACAGCUGCACCAAGUGAGAGCAUUUCAUUUGAGACAAAUAAGGAUGGUGAAAAGUUUGUUGACGCUUCAUCAAUUAAGCAAGAGGAAGAUCAGCAAGAAGGUAAGUACCAAGAUCCAAGCGGAGCUUCAAUAGAGGAGAAUAAAGUUGAAACUCCCAACGAAGAAACCUCGAAGUCAAAAGGAGACGAUGAGAGUCACAGACAAGAAAGCACAAUAACAGAUUUCAACAAAGAACAAAUUGUUGGUGAAGAAGAUACAUUUUCUACUCCUGCAGCAAUCCAACAAGAAACAAGUAAGAGCUCUCAAGAUAACAUUGAGGAUGCAGAAAAAAUUAAUAAAGAACACCCUGCGGAGAUCACAAAGGAAGACAACAUAAAUGACAUCUCACUGGAGAAUAUCCAAGAAGGUGCGAUUAAAGUGUUAAAAGACAGUGAAAAUGAAGUAGAAAAGUCCAAACAAGAGGUUGUUGAAGGGUUAGAAUCAGCCAGACCAGGUGAGAGCAUUCCAUGCGAGACAAAUAAGGAUGUUGAAAGGUCUGAAGAUGCUUCAUCAGUGAAGCAAGAGGAAGGACAACAGGAAGAAGGUAAGUACCUAGAUCCAACUGAAGCUUCAAUAGAGGAGAGUAAACCCGAGGACGAAGCCUUAAAGCCACGAGGUGACGACGAGAGUCGCAAACAAGAAAGCACAGGAGCAGAUUUUCAUAAAGAAGAAAUUGUUGAAAGAGAAGUUACAUUUUGUACGCCAGAAUCAAUCCAAGAAGAAACAAGCAAGGCCUCUCAAGAUGAUGCAAAUGAUGAAGAAAAGAUCACCGAGAUCACAAAGAUUAGCGAGAUAAAUGACCUCUCACAGGAGGAUAUACAAGAAGAUGUGAUUGAAACAUCGAAAGAUCAUGAGAAUGAAGCAGAAAAGUCGAAGGAAGAGUUUGUUGAAGAGUUAGAAACAGCUGGAGCAAGUGAGAGUAUUCCAUGUGAGAAGAAUAAGGAUGUUGAGAGCUCUUUCGAUGCUCCAUCGGUGAAGCAAGAGGAAAGUCAGAAGGAAGAAGGUAAGUCCAGAGAUCCAAAUGGUGCUCCAACAGAGGAAAAUAAAGUUGAAAUUUUUGAGAAAGAAGCCCUGAAACCGAGAGGUGAAGAUGAGUGUCACGAACAAAUCGUUGGAGAAGAAGUUGCAUUUUCUGCACCAGAACCAAUUCAAGAAGAAACUAGUAAGACAUCUCAAGAUAACAUAAAGGAAGCACAAAAAAUAAAUGAAGAAAGUACUGCAGAGAUCACAAAGGAAGGCAAUAUAAAUGACCUCUCACAGGAGAAUAUCCAGGAAGAUGUAAUUGAAGUGUUAGAAGACCAUGAAAAUGAAGUAGAAAAGUCCAAAAAAGAGGUUGUUCAGGAGUUAGAAACAGCUGGACCAAGUGAGAGCAUACCAUCUGAGACACAUAAGGAUGUUGAAGGUUCUGUUGAUGCUUCAUUGGUGAAGCAAGAAGAAAGUCGGCAUGAAGAAGGUAAGUACCGAGAUCAAAUUGAUGUCUCGAUAGAAGAGAACAAACUUGAGGAUAAAUUUUCUACCGAAUUAGUGAAAAAUGAUGAUGACAACAAAGUGAUAGCUACAGAAAGAGAAAUAGAGCUGGCAACAAAAGGCGAAGAAGAUCAACAACAGGCCACACAGAAAGACGAACCUGAAGAGAAGCUUGAAGAUUUACUUCAUGUGACUCUUAAAGAGACCGAUACUGAGAAUUUGAGCGAAAUGGAUAGAGAACUUGCUUGCGCAGAAGUGGAAAAAGUUAUUCAGAACCUUAACGAAAACUCAAAGACAAAAAAAGAUGGAGAAAAACCAAAGAUUACGGAUGACACAAAUGAUUCAGAAAAGGAGAUACCUAAAGAAUUGGAAACAACAGAAGCAGGUGAGAGACUUCCAUAUGAGAUAAAUGAGGAUGCCGAAAGUUCAGUUGAUGCUUUAUCAUUGAAGCAAGAGGAAAGUCAGCAAGAAAAAGUAAAGUACAUCGAUCAAGUCAAAGCUUUGACGGAGGAGAACAAACUUGAGGAAACAGGUACUGCUGAAGUAGUGAAAGAUGAUCAAGAAAAUAAAGUAUCAGAUGCAUCAUCAAAAGACGAAGUAGAUCAACAACACGCCACGCAGAAAGAAGAAUAUGAAGAUAAGCUAGAAAAUUUGCCUUGUGUGACGCCUGAAGAAACCAAGGCAGAAACAUCAACUGAAAAUGCGAGAAGUAUUACUAGCAUGGAAGUGGAGGGAACUGCUCAGAAUCUUGAAGAAACCUCUGAAACAGAAAAGACAAAGGAUAUAGACAAUACAAAUGAUUCGGAGAAGGAGAUUCCUAGAGAAUUAGAAACGGCGUAUGUUGAUGAGGAGGUUGAGCAUUUUGUUGAAUCUUCAUCCAUAAAUCAAGACGAAAUUCCGCAGGAUGAAAGCAAGUACUUGGAUCAAGUCGAAGCUCCAACAGAGAACAUAGUUGAGGAAAUUUAUUCUACCGAAGAAGUUAAAGAAAAUGACGGCAGUAAAGUCGAAGUUACAGAGAAAAAGGUAGAGGUGGUGUCAAAGGAUGAAGAAGAUCAACAACAGGCCUCGCAAAAAGAUGAACCGAGAGAGAAGCUUGAAGAUUUGCUUCAUGUGACGCCUGAAGAAAGCGAUACGGAACCAUCAAACGGAAUUUCUAGAGAAAUCACCUGUGUAGAAGUGGAAGGAGCUGUUCAGAAUGUUGACGAAACCGCAGAAACAGAAAAUGAAGGAGCAAAGACAAAGAACGUGAAUGUUUCAGAAAAGGAGAUUUCUAAUGAAUUAGAAACAACAGAAGCAGGUGAGAGCUUUCCAUGCAAGAUAAAUGAGGAUGCUGAAAGUUCUUUUGAUGCGCCCUCAGUGAAGCAAGAAAAAAGUCAGCAGGAAGAAGUUAAGUACAUUGGUCAAGUCCAAGCUUCGAUCGAGGAUAAUAAACCUGAGGAAUCAUUUACCACGGAAGUAGUGAAAGUUGAUGAUGAAAAUAAAGUAUCGACUCUAGAAUCAAAAGCCGAAGAAGAUCAACAACAGGCCGCACAGCAAGACAAACCUGGAGAGAAGCUCAAAAGUUUGCUUCCUGUGACGCCUGAAGAAACGGAGACAGAAACAUCAACUGAAAAUGCUCAAAAUAUCACCUUCAUGGGAGUGGAGGGCAUUGCUCAGAACCUUGAAGAAACCUCAGAGAAAGAGAAGACCGAGCAUGUGGAUAGGACUAAUGAUUCAGAAAAGGAGAUUCCUCGAGACUUAGAAACGGCUGGAACAGGUGAGAGCAAUCCAUGCAAGACAAAUGAGGAUGUUGAAGGAUCUGUUGCUUUCUCAUCGGUAAAGCAAGAAGAUCAGCAGGGAGAAUGUAAGGAGCUAGAUCAAAUCGACACGUCAAAAGAGGAGAAUGAAAUUGAGGACGCAUUUUCUAAAGUAGUGAAAGAAGAUGAUGACAAUGAAGUUAAAGUAACACAACAAUCACCCCUGCAGAAAGAUGAACCGGAAGAAAAGCUUGAACAUUUGCUUCAAGUGACGCCUGAAGAAACCGGGCCAGAAACAUUGAGUGGAAAUGCUGCAGAUAUUACUUGUGUGGAACAGGACGGAACUAUUCAGGACGUUGAAGAAACUUCAAAAACUGAAAACAAGGAAGAAAACAUGAAGAAUACGGAUGAUACAAAUGCUUUAGAAAAUGAGGUGUUCGAGACUAUAAGUGUAGUUCAAAAAACCAGAGAGGAGUUAUCAACGGAAAUAGUUGAGGAAAGCUCAAAGGAAGUUGAAAAUAUUGAGCAGAUAAAACCUGAAAACUUAGAGGACAAUGCAAAGCCAAAUGAGGACUUGUGUACUACAAUAACCACAGAAGCUCCAGAAGAAGAAAGACGAGAGAAAGAGCCUGCCGUACAUGAUGGCUCUGACUCUGGAUCAGCUGGAAUUCUUGCAGACGAAACAAACGCGAAGGAAGCAAAACCAGAUGACAAGGAGGAGGUUAAAAGUUAUGGAAUUUCUCUUGAAGAGAAGGAUUUGAAAAACAAUCAAGUACAAUCUGAGUCUAUUGCUCCUGAAGAACUAACAAGCAUUGUCGGUUCGGCCACAACUGAAAUUGUGACGGAAGAAACAUGCUUGAAGGAAGCCAAACCAGAUGAUGAAGACCAAACCAGGAAUUCUGAUGUUGCUUUUGAAGAGAAAGGCGUGUCGAGCAGUGUAGAUGUUGGCUUAGAAUCUGACUUUGCCUCAACUGGUAUUUUGAGUGAAGAAGCAAGAUUGAAGGAAGCUGAACCAGAUGAUGAAGAGCAGGUCAAAAGUUAUGAUGUUGCUCUUGAAGAGAAGGGUCUAGCCAGCAAUGUGAUUGUUGAAGAAAUUGCGAGUGAAGAAAUCGCUGAAAUCGCAGAUGAGGAAACAUUGAAGGAAGGCAAAGCAGACGACAAAGAGUAUGUCCAAUGUUCUGAUUUCACUCCUGAAAAGGAAGGUCUUGUAAGUGACGCGGACAUUAAAGUACAAUCUGCUUCUGUCUCAACUGAAACUAAGAGUGAAGAAUCAUGUCCGAAGGAAGCCAAACGAGAUCACGAAGAGCAGCUCAGUGGCUUAAACAUUGUUUCUAAAGAGAAGAGUCCAAAAAGCAGUUUAGAUGCUACACUUGUAAGUGAAGAAUUGAAGGAAGUCAUAACGGAUGACAAGGAAGAGGUUAAAAGUCACGAAGAAACAAGCUCGGAGGAAGUUGCACCAGAAACAUGUGACAAGGAAGCCAAACAAGAUCUAGAUCUAGAAAAUAAUUGUGUCAUUUCUCCUGAAGAGAAGAGUUUGGCAAGCUGUGUAGACACUGAAAUUAUGAGUGAAGAAAUAGCUGAAAUUGUGAAUGAGCAAACAAGAUUGGAGGAAGGCAAAGCAGAUGACAAAGAGCAUGUCCAAAGUUCUGAUUUCGCUCUUGAAAAGGAAGGUCUCAUAAGUGAGGCGGAUGUUGAAGUACAAUCUGCUUCUGUCUCAACUGAUACUACCAGUGAAGAAACAGGUGUGAAGGAAGCCAAACGAGAUCAUGAAGCGCAGCUCAGUGGCCUUAACAUUGUUUUUGGAGAGAAGGGUCCGGAAUGCGGUUUAGAUACUAAACUUGUGAGUGAAGAAACGAGUUUGAAGGAAGUCAAAACGGAUGAUGAAGAGUGGGUCAAAGAUAGUGCUCCUGAACAUGAGAGUCCGGUAACCUAUGUUGAUACUAAGGUACAAUCUGACUCUAUCUCAGCUCGCUUAGAGAGCGAAGAAACAUGUUUGAAGGAAGAGGAACCAAAGAAUGAAGAGGUCAGGAGUUAUGAUAUUGCUCCUGAAGAAGAAAAUUCAGUAAGUGAAGAAACUGGCGUGAAGAAAGCUGACUCAGAUAACAAGGAGGACGUCAAAAAUUCCGAUAUUGCUUCCGAAGAAAAGGGUGUGGAGGGCAAUGUCGACAGUGAUGAACAACGAAAUGAAAAUGUAACGCCGGAAGAGAAUGAAGAGAACAAACAAACAACAAAAGAGGGGCUAUUGCAAGAGGAAAAUGACUCUAAAUUGGAGUCUUAUGCUGAGAAAGAAAUUGCGAAGGAAGAAGUUCAAGAGCAGAGGGAUGAGGAGCCGAGAAUGCCACCUGAGAUCACAAUCAAGGAUGGCAUUCCAACCGAGGUGCUUGAUACUACAAGUGUAGUUCAAGAAACCAGAGAGGAGGUAUCAAGGGAAAUAGUUGAUGAAUGCUCAAAGGAAGUUGAAAAGAUUGAAGUGGCGGAUGUGAUAGAGGAAACAAAACCUGAAAGCUUAGAGGACAGUGGAAUGCCAAAUGAGGACUUAUGUACUACAAUAAUCACAGAAGCUCCAGAGGAAGAAAAAAUUGUAAAAGGAGAAACACAAGAGAAAGAGCCUGCCGUACAUGAUGGCUCUGUCUCUAGAUCAGCUGGAAUUCUCGCCGAAGAAACAAACGUGACGGAAGCCAAAACAGAUUAUGAAGAGAAAAUCAAGAAUUCUGAUGCUGCCUCUGAAGAGAAGGGUGUGUUAAGAAGUAUAGAUGUUGGCUUAGAAUCUGACUCCGUCUCAACUGGUAUUUUGAGUGAAGAAGCUAGAUUGAAGGAAGCUGAACCGGAUGAUGAGGAGCAGGUGAAAAGUUGUCAUGUUGCUACUGAAGAGAAAGGUCGGGAAAGGAGUGUAGAUGUUGAGGUACAAUCUGAUUUUGCCUCGAGAGUUGAGACUGACGAAACAAGCUCAAAGGAAGCUGAACCAGAGAGUGUAGAAGUAGUCAAACGUUAUGAUAUUGCUCCUGAAGAGAAGGGUCUAGCCAGCAAUGUGCUUAUUGAAGAACAAUCUGAUCCCGUCUCAACUGAAAUUGCGAGUGCAGAAGGCAAAGCAGACAACAAAGAACACGUCCAAAGUUCCGAUUUUGCUCUUGAGAAGAAAGGUCUCGUAAGUGAUGCGGACAUUGAAGUACAAUCUGCUUCUGUCUCAACUGAAACUGCCAGUGAAGAAUCACGUGUGAAAGCACAGCUCAGUGGCUUAAACAUUGUUUGGGGAGAGAAGAACCUGGAAAUCAGUUCAGAUACUAAAACUGAAAGUGAAGAAACAAGUUUGAAGGAAGCUGAAUCAGAUAACAAAGAGGAGGUCAAAAUUUCUGAUAUUGCUCCUCAAGAGAAAGGCGUGGCAAGCUAUGUCGUCGGUGAUUUACAACAAAGUGAAAACGAGAAGUCAGAAGAGAAUGAAGUGGACAAGGUCCCGGAAGGAACAGGUGAAAGUGAAGAAAAAAUAGAGCAAGAAAUAAAAGGUGAAACUCGUAUUGCGGGAACUGAAAAUAAAGAACAGGCCACCAAGGCAGAGACAUCUUUGGAGGACUCAUUAGAAGCCAAUCUUCAAGAUUCUUCUACAGUAUCAUCUGUAAAACAUGAGCCCGUGAUUACUGAAGCAAGUGAGAGAUCAGAUGAGAGUAUAACUACCGAUAAAACCAAAUGUGAAAAUGAAAAUCUUCCUACAACUGAACCAACAAAGGGAGAGCUAUUACAAGAGGAAGAUGUCUCUAAAUCGGAGUCUUCUACUGAGAAGGAAAUUGCGAAUGAAGAAAUCGAAGGGGAGAGGGAUGAGGAGUUGAGUUUGCCACCUGAGAUCACCACCAAGGAUGUCAUUACAACCGAGAUGAAAAAGGUACAUGAUGGUGUUGAAAACGCUGUGGAAAAUGAAAGCAAUAAAGAACAGGUCACAGACAGAGUGAUCAACUUGAAUGAAUCUCAUCCGGUAUCCAUUGUUGAUGAAAGAGUUUAUGAGGAUAAAGUUUCUGGCGAAAUAGUCACUGAAGUUGUUAGUAAGAAUUUCUCACAGGCUAAAGAAACCUCUACCGAGGAAAAUGAAGAAUCUGCCCCAACAGCACCGGAAGAAGAAAAAAUAUAUGACGAAGGAAGCAUAAAGCCUGUGGAUGUCAGUAUUGCUAACAAUGAAACUACAACCGUCAGGGAGGAAACAUCAGUGACAAACUCGGGGGAAGCUCAAUCGGUUGAGACCGAUUCGGAAGAGAGAAAUCCAGUCUUACAAGAAUCUGAGUAUGAUAAACUACCAGCUCAAAAAGUUGAAAGCGUUAAAAAACUUGAAGAAAGAUCCUUUGACUUGGAUCAAGCUGAUAAAAAAGAAACAGAGAAGGAAACUACAGUAGAGGAAAGCUUAAAUGAAGUUGAAGAGACCAAACUAGCUUCUCAAACUGAAGACGUCGAUGCAACCGGGCCAAUCCGAGCUAUGGAGAAACUGGAAACGGAUGAAGUUAAAGAAGAAAACAAGGAAACAUCUGAAUGUCGAGGUGUCAAGGCAGUGAACGAACAUGAAAUCACAAGCGAACACGCUUCUGAUGAUGGAAUAUCAAAGGAGAAAGAGCAUGAAACAGAAACCAUAGUCGAGGAGAAAGAAGAAAUCGUUAAAGAAGUUGAGAGUCAAGAUAAGGAGAAAAUAGAAGCCUCUUCUGCUACACAUUUGGAGAGCCCAGAAUCUCAUGAGGCGGCGGAGGAAAGGCUGGGAAAAGAGGGAGCUGAAGAAGAUAUCAAAACAGCUCCUGAAACGGUGUUGGAAUCUCGUUAUGAAAGCAUUGAAGCAGUGAGCAAAGAUGAAGUCAUUGCUGACCGGGAUCUCAAAGUUGGAGUUUCAAUAGAGCAAGUUCAAGAGCUCGAAACUACCGAAGUAGUCAAGAAGACACAAGAAUAUUUGGUCUCAGACAAGGUAGAAGAGACAGAAUUGAAGGAAGAAACUGAAGAAGAAAUCACAGAAGCUCCUAUUACAGUGUCUCGCUCCGAUGAAACUCGAGCAGAAACCAAAGAUGCUUCUGAAACAGUGUCUGAAUUCGAUUCUCGGAGCGUUGGACUCGUUACAGAAGACAAAAAGAUCUCCAGUGAGACAUUCCUUGGAACCGCAUCGGAAGUUCAACUUCUAGACCAAUCUUACGUGCUGCUUUCUGAGGAACAAGAGGAUGAAAUCACAACCGCAGCCAAAGAGAGAGAGGAAAAAACAACAGAAGAGACGAGCUCAGAAAAGGAAGUGCUGGGUGCAGAUAAAAUUAGAGACAUCACAGAAGCUUCUGAAACAGUGUCUAAAGAAAAUUGUCCAGGCAAUGAAGUUGUUGACAAAGAUUCAUGGGGUGUAAAACCAGUUGAAGAGGUAUACUUGGAUAAGGAAGAUUCUGGUGGUGCUGUACGGGAAGUUUUAAAUGAAGUGUCAAAGGAAGAAUGCGGGACUUUCGGUGAAGUCUCGAAAAUAGAGCCCCAAGAAAGUGAAGGAGACACAAGAGUUGCUGAUUCUCCAUCAGAUUAUGAUAAAGACUUGGAAGCAAGAGGAGCAGUUACGGAAGCCUCCAAUCUCAACGUUGAGAAACGCGAAAUAGCUUCCGACUUUGUUUCUGAGAAAGUUGAGUCUCCUGAAGGACUAACCAGCAUUGAAGAGGUUGAAAUCAUUGAGAAUCAUCUCAAGGUAGCAACAACCGAUUUGAGGACCGAAGAGCCUCAGUGUGAGACGACAAUAGAAAAGACCACAGAGAAAGAAAUCUCAGACAAAGAGGAACUAAGUACAGAGAUUUCACGAGAAAAAGAUGGCCUUGACGUUAAAGAAGUCCAUGAAAUCAUUCAAGAAAUCAAGCAGCCGGAGGAAAGCUCCCAUGCAACAUGCAAAGAGCUAACUCCAACGGAAGCACAAGACAAAGACGGCUUGGAAACAAGAAUUACCACCAACGACAAUGAUUCUCCCCCAAAGCUUACAAGCCCAGUUGAAGAAACUUCACAAAGAGCAGAACACAAAGACACACAACCCGGAAAUGACACGUCGGUGAACAGAGAAAUCUUUGUUACAGAAAUCAAAAAAGAGGAAGGCCAAGGAGAGAAUGUAAUGGGUGGAGGCAAAACUGAGACAAAACCAGCAGUUGUUUCACUAUCUGAUAUCAUGCAGAGCUUGAAAGAAGAGACUGUCGAACACGCCGGUGAAGAGAGAGAAGAGCCGACAAAGAAUGGCAGAGAAGCAGAGAAGACGAAAACCGAUGAAGAGGAGGAGGAAGAAGAAGAGGAUGAGCAUGAGCAUGAACAUGAAGAGGCAGAUCACCCAGAUGCACCAAUCCUUGUGCAAACCUCCAAAGACAUUGACACCAAAGUUGGACGCAAGAAAUCUCAUGGCUUAUUCUCAGGUGUUGGGUCAAAGGUCAAGCAUUCCAUUUCCAAGGUCAAGAAAGUCAUUAUUGGCAAGUCUUCACAUUCCAAGACACUACCCAGUGGUUAGAAAAACACCAUCUUUGGUGAUUUACAAUUUUUUUUCUUUUUUUUUUUCAGUUUGAUGUUUGUAGAGUUUUUUUAAAGUUAUUAUUAUUUUUUAAGCGUGUGGUGUGUGGUUUUACCGGUCGUGGGUUGAACUAAAGAUUUGAGACUUCUUAUUUGUACAAAAGAACAA